GUGGCAGCAUGCUCGCGCUGCUAAGACAGGGAGAGCACUGAGGACCGGUGGCGCGCGCUCACACACACACACACUCUCCCAAACAAAGAGAAGCACGCGAGGCAGCACAGAGCAUCCCACCCUUUCAGCCCUCGAGCUCCAUCCAUCCCCUCUUUUUGGCACAGAACCGGUCCCGGUCCGAGCGCACAGAAAAACCGACAAUGACAACCAACGGCUCGACUAACGGAACCAGCGACAUGCUGCAGAUCCAGUUCGGUCUGAUCAACUGCGGGAACAAAUACCUCACCGCGGAGAUGUUCGGCUUCAAAAUCAACGCGUCCGCCUCCAGUAUGAAGAAGAAGCAGAUCUGGACUCUGGAGCAGAGCGGGGACGACUCCACCGGGAACGUUUUCCACCUCAAGUCUCACCUGGGCCGGUACAUCGCCGCCGAUAAGGACGGGAACGUCACCGGGGAAAGUGAGACCCCGGGCGCGGAAUGCCGCUUCGUCAUCACCGCGCACGAUGAUGGCCGCUGGUCCCUGCAAUCCGAGCCGCACGGCCGGUUCCUGGGCGGCACCGAGGACCGGAUCAUCUGCUUCGCGCAGACCGCGUCUGUGGCGGAGAAGUGGAGCGUGCACAUCGCCAUGCACCCGCAGGUGAACCUCUUCAGCGUGACGCGCAAGCGGUACGCGCACCUGAGCGGCAAGGUGGACGAGAUCGCCAUCGACCGAGACGUGCCGUGGGGGGUGGACUCCAUGAUCACGCUGGUGUUCCGGGACCAGCGGUACCACCUGCAGACCUCAGACAACCGGUUCCUGAGCAGCGACGGUGCGCUGCUCGCCACCACCGACCGGAGCACCGGAUACACGCUGGAGUUCCGCUCCGGUAAGGUGGCGUUCAGGGACUGCGGAGGGAAGUACCUGGCGCCUUCAGGGCCCUCCGGUACCAUGAAGUCCGGGAAGAACGCGCGGGUCGGGAAGGACGAGCUGUUCGUGCUGGAGCAGAGCCACCCGCAGGUCGUGCUAACAGCCGCCAACGAGAGGAACGUCUCCACCCGGCAAGGUGGACACACCUUCUGGCAGUAUCGUAAGGAGAACCCUCGGACCAGAGUGGGCGACCCUUCCCCUGAGGGGCUCCCGGGCUUCAACAGCGGGGUAAUGUUGUUGGACCUUGGUGCUAUGAGGGAGUCGGCUCUCUACAACCAACUGUUGAAGCCCAGCAAUGUGGCCAAGCUAGCAGACCAGUAUCGCUUCAGGGGCCACCUGGGGGACCAGGACUUCUUCACCAUGAUCGGUAUGGAGCACCCGGAGCUGUUUUACCCCCUGGCCUGUGGGUGGAACCGGCAGCUGUGCACCUGGUGGAGGGACCACGGGUACGGAGACGUGUUUCAGAUGUAUUAUCGCUGCGAAGGACUUGUCUAUAUCUACCAUGGCAACUGUAACUCCCCUAUACCAGAUUACUGA